CCUCCCGGCGGGCUGCACGGAGGCAGAAUAGCCGCGGAGCUCCGGAGCAGCCUGUGCUGGGGCUGACACCCUCCCUCCCCCGGGCAGAUGAACUCCUAAGGGCUCCUCCUAGCCCCGCAUGGCUCCGCGGCUUGCCCGCAGGGUCCCGCUCCGCUGAGACCCCGAGCCAGCGAUCUGCCCCGGCCAGCCAGCGGGCUCCGCUCCUCCUCGGCGGGCAGGUGGGAAGGAAGCCGGCUGGAUACCACCAUGGGCCUGUCCUGGUGCUUCUUCAUCGGGCUGCUCCUAGCCUAUGCAUCUGGAAAGAAGCUAUGGGACGUGCCUGUGUCUCAGGCUCAGCAGCACAGCACUGGAAAACUGCACUGGGAGCCACAGUGUCAGUACCAACUGCGCCACCUACAGGACAGCGCUAGAAUUUCGGCUCUUCUGCCUCCCCGGCUGGAAGGUCAUUGGAUUUCUACAGGCUGUGAGGUACGUCCGGGACCGGAGUUUCUCACCAGAUCUUACCUGUUUUACUCCAACCGCUUGUUCAAGGCUUAUCAGUUCUACUACUGGGACCCCUCCUGCCACAACCCGUCCCACUCCUUGGUCAUCAAAGGCAAGCUCCGGCUGCGCCAGGCCUCCUGGAUCACCCGAGGGGCAACUGAGGCAGACUACCACCUGCACAAAGUGGGUAUUGUUUUCCACAGCCAGAGGGCCAUGCAGGAGAUUUCUGCCCGGAUCAGUCAGACGUCAGGAGGGGACUGCAGUGGAUUCUUUCCACCUGGACGGUCCUGGGCUCCCGGAGUCCUCUACGAGGUGCUGAGUGCCAAGGAGGGGCGGGAUUGCACCACAGCCCUGGGCUUUGCCAUGCAUGAACUCAGCCUGGUGCGGGUGGAGAAGCAUUACGAGCCCCUGCUGCAAACUCAGCCGAGCAGCAGCAGGACGGUGGAGGAGCUGUACCUAGGGGACAUUCACACCAAGUGGUCUGAGAGGCUCCAUUAUCGACCAACGGGGUAUCAACGCCCUUUGCAGAGCGCUGUGCAUCACGUGCAUCCUUGCCCUGCUUGUGGGAUUAUAUACAGAUCUGAUGAGCACCAUCCACCUAUAUUACCAGCUAAAGCCAAGCUGCCGAUGCAGUUAAGUGGCAGGUGGGUGAGUGCUCACUGUGAAAUCCGGCCAGCUGUGCUUUUUCUUACCAGGUACUUCAUAUUUCAUGGCACCAAUCGCACCUGGGAAGGGUACUAUUAUCACUACUCUGACCCACUCUGCAAGCAGCCUACUUUUACCAUCUAUGCAUCUGGGCACUACACCAAGGGCGUCCCAUCCUCCAUAGUGAGAGGAGGCACAGAGCUGGCAUUUAAAGUGACCUGUGCUCGGGUUACAGCAAUAGAUCAGGUAACAGUGACCAUGCUAAACUCCUCAGAGCCAGGGACCUGCGGGGAGACAGGCUUCUGGAGUGCCGGGAUGGAGCAGGAUAUAACGCUGACCAAUGGGUGUCUGGCUUUGGGCAUCAAGCUGCCCCACACAGAAUAUGAACUCUUUAAAAUGGAGCAAGACAUGAAAGAUGGCAGCUUGCUGUUCAUCGGCGAAAGGCCCACAGACGGAUCCAGCCCUGACAGACCGGAGAAGCGGCCCACCUCAUACCAGGCACCGCUUAUUCAGUGUGCCGGGGCUACCGGCGUCUUUUCUAAACACAUCAGUCCACGCUACCUGGGAAAAGAGGAUAAUAAUGGGAAUGAAGCACUAAAACCUUUGCCUAUGGCUUUUUUAUUAUCACUUAUGGCAAUGCAGUUUUUAAGAUGGGACUAGAUGACUCCAGCUGUGCAGCACAGAAUUCAGACACUGGGUGCUAAGACAAUUUUAUAUCCUCUUUAGAUAAGCACAUCUGGAAUCAGCUUUGCUUAGAUUCUGUACACAUUAAAAAAAUGGACAAAGAGGUUUUCCCUGCAUAACAUGCCUGAUUAUGUACAAUGUGUACUAUGCGUAUACUUCCUAAUUGACCUUCAUUAGGCAUAAAGCUAAUGUAGUGACAUGGAUCCAUUGCACAUUGUCAGAUAAUUUAGCAAUACUAAAAAGACGUGUUAAAUUAGAACCGCUGAUUCUAGCUUUCAGCAUUGCUAGGAUAUAACUGAGGGCUCUAGUCUCACACAAAAGUCAAAUUACCAAAGCGCUGAGGGCUCAGUCUCUCUGAAACUGAUUUUCCCCCCUGCUCCCCUCACUUCCUGCUCCUGUAAGUUCAGGUAGCUGGCUUUGGCUCAAUCACAGAAACUCAUACCACACACACCCUCUGUCAAUCUCUCUUCCUUGAAUUCAGGAAGGGCUCUUAGUGGCAGACUUGAUGCCAUCCUUGCAACCUACAAUUUGCAAACUCUGCUUUCUUCUUGUGUGUGUGUGUUAGCUUUCCCAGGCUCUGGGCUGUGAUGGUCCCAGUCCACUUCUGUUCAUAAGCUAACAAUGGGUGAGAUACAAGUGACCUUGCCCCUGUCAUAUUACACUGACUUCAUAAGGGUUGGGUUCACUCUGUUCCACCUCUCUGUGUUAUCACUUAGCCCAAAUGUUGAGACAUGACCAGAUGAUUUAUGACUGUAGCACUCAUCAGGUAUCAGUGAGACACACACAUAGGUGCAAAAAAACACUAUACCGACCCUGCGUUACCUCUGCCUCCACUUUGGCACAAUCCCUUGUGUUUGUUGGCACAUUCCCUUAACAAGGGUUAUCAAUCCAACUCUGGAUUAGAUCUCAAACAUAAAAAUACCACACAAGUGCAAGGAUAACAUCUGAUAAACUUGACUCAGGUAAAUUAAUGUGAGGGGUGCAGAAGAGAGACUAUAAUCAGACACCACAGUCAAGUCUUGGCAACAAAAACGAUUAGGGGGCUGGAGCACAUGAGUUAUGAGAGGCUCAGAGACUGGGAUUAUUUAGUCUGCAGAAGAGAAGAGUGAGGGGGGAUUUGAUAGCUGCUUUCAA